GCCGCCGCCGCCUCCCUCGCCAGGCACCGACCCGCCGCCGCCGCCCGGUGCUGCCCGGGAGAUGCCGCUCGGCGCGCGGGCACCCGGGGCUCGGCUGCGCACCGGCCCCCGCCGCGGGGACCCGUGAGCAGGUUCAGAAGUUGCCACGGAGACCCUGACGGCUCUUGCCUCCGAUUCUGAGGGCCAGCAAAGUUCGUGAAUUAACGGCACCAGGCCCAGACCCACAGUGCCCUCAGUGAGAGGUGCCCCUCCUUGGAGGCAGUGAUCGGAGUGGAUUUCCUGAUCGGAGUGGAUUUGCUGUCUGGGUCCAGCCAAACUAGAGUCCAGUGUGUGCACCACAGGGGAAACUUUGCUGAAUAAAAGGACGCCCAAGAGGAUUUAUUUUUGGUCCCUCCCCCCGUUUUUAAUAUCGAAUCAGCUCCCCUCACCCCCACCCUUCCUCGCUCUGUGACUCGUGCUUGGGAUCUGGGGGCUCGCUCCUUUCCCCUGCCCAAGUUGGAAUCCUUUCUCCGAUCCUCGCUCCACGAGCAGUUGAGCACCAGCAUGAUGGACACUGAUGGCCAGCUCUGACGUGCAUGGCGGCCUGUGGCGAGUGACCGCGCUGUGCCGGCGAGGGACCCGAGGCGAUAGGGCACUGCUGCCAAGCCACCCACCAGCACAAAGCCCAGAGAAAUCCCGGGGAGAGAGAGACUGCGAGGGAGCACAGUGCGGGGCACCUCCGCCAGCUGCACGGGGAGUGGAAGGGGAACCCCACACCCUCUCAUUGCGCUGCUAGGCCAGCUCACCUGAUUGCUCCUCUCUGGUGCUGCACAUCCCCGCUGCCGACAUGAUGAUGUAUUUCUGGGGUAAUCAGGACGCCACGGCUCCUCCUGAAGCGAUGGCUCAGCCCUACCCCCCAGCCCAGUAUCCUCCGCCUCCCCAGAAUGGAAUCCCUGCAGAGUACGCACCCCCGCACCCGCACCCUCACCCCACACAGGAUUACUCGGGGCAGAGCACGGUACCGGAGCACGCCAUGACCCUCUACACACCAGCACAGAGCCACGCUGAGCAGCCGGGCACCGACGCCGGCACGCAGUCCAUAGCAGGGACGCAGACGGUAUCGGUAAGAGCCCCCAUGGAGCCCCGGGUGGGCAGCGGGGCUUUUCAGCAGACAGAUGAAGCCGCACAGACAGAGAGCCAACAGCUCCAUUCCUCAGAGAACUCAGACAAGCAGCAGCCCAAGAGGUUACACGUCUCCAACAUCCCCUUCCGGUUCCGGGAUCCAGACCUGCGGCAAAUGUUCGGGCAAUUCGGGAAGAUCCUCGACGUGGAGAUUAUUUUCAAUGAGCGGGGCUCCAAGGGUUUUGGGUUUGUAACUUUUGAAACUAGCACAGAUGCCGACCGGGCACGAGAGAAGCUGAAUGGCACAAUCGUAGAGGGACGGAAAAUUGAGGUGAAUAACGCCACAGCCCGAGUCAUGACGAACAAAAAGGCUGCAAAUCCCUACAUCAAUGGCUGGAAGCUGAACCCGGUGGUGGGAGCUGUCUACAGUCCUGAAUUCUAUGCAGUAACAGGGUUCCCUUACCCAGCCACGGGGACAGCUGUGGCAUACCGAGGGGCGCACCUACGGGGCCGGGGGCGUGCUGUGUACAACACGUUCCGCGCCGCACCCCCACCUCCACCUAUCCCCACCUAUGGCGCGGUCGUUUAUCAGGAUGGAUUCUACGGCGCUGAAAUUUACGGGGGUUACGCAGCCUACAGAUACGCCCAGCCGCCAGCAGCGGCAGCAUACAGCGACAGCUACGGCAGAGUGUACGCAGCUGCGGACCCAUACCACCACACCAUCGGCCCUGCUGCCACGUACAGCAUCGGCACCAUGGCUAGUCUAUACCGAGGAGGGUACAGCCGCUUCACUCCCUACUAGCAAGACACCCAGCCCCUCACCACACUAACACUGACUGCUCACUAGAAACCAAACAAACCAAACUAAGCAAAGGCAGAGCCUCCCGGAAGAACACGGUGCCCCUGCCAGGGGCCAGGGCUCUGCCCGGUACCUAGAACCAUAGGUUUUUACCUCAAGCUGCUCUCAUCCCGCGUCUCAUGUCUCUUUGCUCACCCACCUGUGUCUGUCUGUGACCUGCCCUGGCUGAACUGACUGUGUUGCAAAGCAAGCAGCCUGGCCACUGCCCUGCUGCGGGGCUGGGGCGGGUCCUGCUCUCCCUAGACAUACAACCAGCAGCAAACCAUGGGAGAGAGCCCGGGCUGAGCCCCCUCCUCUGCCCCCGCUGCCAGGAACACGUGAAGUCCAAAGGCCAUGGCAUUCCAAGAGAGCUGCCUUCCUGCGCAGAGCCGCACCUGGGCCUGGCACAGUCUUCCAUUCUCUGGGCCUCUUCAUUGCCCCAGCUCCCUCCAGCACACCCUCUGGCAGGCAAGCCUGCUCCUGCUAGGCCAGGCUUGUUCUUCUUGUGCAGGCUCCUGACCACAGCCAGGGCCCCUGGGUGGGGCACUGCUCACACAAGGGAAAGGAGCGGAGGGUUUGUCCCUUAGGAUAACAGGCUGUCUGGCAAAAUGGGCCGGGAGCUGCGGGCAAGGCGGAGGGUGCAGGGUAGCUACCACUAGCAGGGAUAGCUGAGACUGGGGGGCAAUGAGCAUGGCCCCACCUCAAGACUAACCUGGGGAAUAACACCUGCAUCCCUCUGCACAGCCUUUGGCCGAGACUUGGAACCUCCCAUGCGCGCCUGGCUCUGGGGAGCUGCACAUCAUCAGCGUCACAUCUGGGGGGGCAGCCUGUGUUUCAGGCCAUGGGAUGCCCUAGUGCCACAGGCCAGCUGGGGUUAGCUUGUCGUCCCUGCCCAGCCACAUCCACCCCUUCAGUCACUACGGGGGGAGAGGGAGAGACUGGAGUCAAGAGCCAGACUGUUCUGUGGGCCAGGCUAGGGUAAAGGACAAAAGCCGCCUAAUGAGAGAAGAGCUGUUUGGGGUGCAGGCCCAGCCAGGGGGUGAGCUCAGCCGUCUGCCUGGGCCUUUCUGGGGGGACAACAGAACCCACUACACAAUCCUGGAGCCCCUUCGGAAGGAACUAAUGUGCCAGGCCCACCCCACCUGCCCCUGGUGUUUGCUGAGCUGCCCCAGCAUUGGCAGUCCAUGCGCACAGGGCACAUGGGACACUGUGUGGCUGAGCGGGGCCCCAGGGCUGAGAAUGGCCAUGGGGUCGGGGGGGCUGGAGUCCAGCGGCCCCGCCUGCCUGGCUGUGCCCUGUGGCCCUGCUGUGGGGCUGACCCUGGGCACUGCUCUCAGCUCCCGGGUGGCUGCAGCUGGCUCCAGUGAAAGUUCUGCCUUUCUGUUUGUGUUGUAGUGAAACCACAGCUGUUUCCUUCUGGGACCAGGAAGGGCAAAACAAAUUAAAAACAAGGCAACAAAAAACAAAACAAAGAGGCAACCAACCAACCGAGUCCCAUACUGUCCACACACAUGCACUGAGCAAGCAAGUCCAGCAGGAGGCGCUGCACCCGCCUGCGUCACGGAGAGUACACACCGAGCGGACAGCGCCACGGGCCAGCUGGGCAGAGAGCGGCCCCUCUCCAACCCUGCCCCGGCCAGCAGCCAUGUUGGGAGACUUGGGUCCCCCUCCCCCUCCACAGCCUGCUCGCGCUUCCAGCCUAGGGCAGGGAGGGAGAGAGCAGUGCGGCGUGCUGGGACAGCCUCGAGCGAGGACUCUGCAGGCCCAAGGCUCCGGGCCUGGGCACCGUGUCUUCCUUUCCGCCCUCCCACGCCUGUGCUGUGGAGGCCAGGGCCAGCGGCACAGCCCCGCAGCAGCCCACGCCCUCCUGCAGGUUUGGGGGACUUGGCCUCAGGGGUAGGAUUCUUGCUUUUUGUUUUCAGAGCUCCAGUGCUUUUGCGCUUGCCGGUCAUCGGUGUGUUGAGUGUGUGAGGCCUCGGCUCUCUGAGCAGAGGUGGGAUCGUUGAUGCAGCAGCAGCUUUGCCUGGGCUGCUGGGUGUUGCAGGGGAAGAACCGCUGGGUUUAACAGGGAUGUUCGCUAAGCGGAGGUUGUAGCUCCCUUGCAUUUUCAUCACCCCGGUGCCCUGCGCUCCUGGCUUCCCACAAGCCCAUGGGGCUAAAGCCAAGCGGGAGCUGCUUCCUGCUCCUUCUCCUGUGCCACACCUACCCAGGGCAGACAGAGUGGGGAAGGGGCUGCUUGGGUGCAUCUCUAGGCCACAACAUGGCAUGCCAGGGAUCAUCUCAGCCCCUGCCCCCCAGCAUGGAGCCAGAGGAGGCCAUGUGAUCCCACAGUGGCUGGCUCAGCCACCCCAUCACCACUGAGGGGCAGGGAGCCAACCGCACGCCCCUUAGUGGGGCUGCAGGGUCCCUGCUCAGAGCCAGGCCUGCCUCGAGCCCCAGUCCCAAGCUGGCUAGGCGCCGGAGAGGCCCAGCGGCGUGAGGGUCACUAUGGGCAGUGAAUGGGAAGCAGUGGGCACAAUUGGGCAGUGAGGGGAGGACAGUGCUGGCUCUGGCCAGGCGGUCCCUGCCUGGCAUAGCCCAGCUCUGAACCAGAGACAGGUGGGGGCAGCUGGGCUCUAAGGCUGGGUGCGCUGCUAGCCAGGACACCAGAUGCAUCCAGGCCCUUGCCAGCUUCUUUCAACUACUCGCCCACAGCCUGCCCCAUGCCACAGCUGGCACAGUCCAGUUGUGCCAAAGGCCAGAGAGGCGCUUCCCCCCAGCAGCCUCGCGGCGUCAGGGUGGGUCAUGGAGCUGUUUGCGAGGCUGCUGGGACGGCAGGCAGCUGGCUGAGCCAGAUGGAUCCAGCAGGUCUCCCAACAUGGCUCUGUCAUCUCAUGAAACUUCACUUUAUAUUCAGCAUACGCUCCUGAGGCUCCAGCCAUGAGAUCCUCCUUUUCUAUUCCCGUUGUACAUAGCCCCUUCCCCGCCACCCCGCUCCGCUGUACAAAGCUCCUUCCAUUUGCCGUGCUGUCACCUCCCUGGUGGCCCCCGGCCCCAGAGCGCAGGCUGGCGCCCGCCCAUUCUGUGUGCUUCAAAGGUGUGAUCAGCCGACUGAACAGUAUUAGUAUGAGGAUUAUUAUUAUUAAGAUUAUUAAUAAAGAUUUCUUUCUUCAA